AUGGCGUGCCUGAUCAGAGCUGCUGCAUUUGCCUUGCAGGAGGCAGUUCCUGAGGGCCUUCCUCGAUCAGAUCGAUUGCAGAGGGUUCCAACACUGUCCCUGAUUCGACUGCUGCAUCGUCUCCUUGGUGGUUGCGACCUCCUCCAUCUACUUUGCCUUUCUACCUGGCUGACUCUGCUCGUAAGCUGCGUGCUGAGUGUGGAUAUUCUGGGCUUCGGCGAUUGGAGUUGGCCUUCCAGAGAGGACUGCAAGCAUCUCGCGUCAGGAAAGGCGGGAUUUUUCAGUGGUGAGCGUUGCGGCCUUCUAAAUCGCUGCUACGUGGUUUUGAGGGGACGAGUCUGUGCCUACACCGAAACUGGCGGCUCGAUUGAUUCCCGUGCCAUUAGUCAUAGUUUCGGAUCGCAGCUGGAAGCGGAAGCUUUCUGCAUCGGGGCUGGAUUGACCAGCCUCCCAGAUUCUGCUGGGCCAACUCCAGUGCACUUCCACUAUCAGGAGCAAUGCUGCAGAGCUGUAGUGGUGUGCACUGCUCCCUCAGGCAUCUUGGUUUGCAUACCUCGGGGCGGCGUGUCUCCUCAGGAAUUCGAAGAGGCCGAGACUUCUGGCUACGUUGGUGCGAUUGGGCCAUUUUCCGAAGUGGAAGUGGCGGUGUCGAACAGUCGUGCAAAGCGUACGCUGGCUGCUAUAAUCUUCGACCUCGACAUUCGGGGUUCGGCUGCAAUUGUGGAAAGAGUUCCCGAUGGCUUUCCCAGAGAGAGUGUGGUUCGCUUCAACAUCUACAGAGGGGCAGAAGACUUGCCAAACCGUGCUGCCUUGCUGGAACUUGCCACCAACUUCAUCAAUUCUGGAAUUGGCGAGCGCAGACUGGAGCCUUACUACUCUGCUCACGAAGAUGGUGCAGAGCUAGAAGAGGCAGAGACAGUGGAUCAGGUUCCCGAAACUCCAGUUCCCGAUGGUGGAGGUCCAGAAGAAGAAGGAGCUUCAGCUAUGGAAGUUAUGCUGCGUCGUUUGUUGAGUCAGUCCGCAGUCACCCAAAGGACUAUCACUGGCAUGCACGACAGGCUGAGUGCUCUCGAGUCUUUGGAGGGUCGGCUAAGCAAGUUGGAGUCAGGUGGACAUCGAGCUGUUCCGCUUCCACCUCCGCCCAGAACUUCACCCCAGAUGUUCGAUGGAGCAGGCGCAACGUUGGGGCCAGAACGACUCCAACAUCUGCAAGCUUUGGCCGGCAGAGGACCCGGCAGGUUGGGCGACCUAGGUCUUCACAAUCGACCCAAGUCAGCUCCUCAACCCAGUACGGCUGUGGCUGUCGCUGGCACUACAGAGGGUGCCGAGGGGGAAGAUCUAGAUGGAGAACCCUGGGCCGGGAACGCCCCGGACAGCAGCACAGUGUUGGAGAAGCUCCUGGCGUCCCAGUCCGCCAUCCUGGAAAAGCUGGCAAACUUUCGAGCUGCUCAACAAGAUCCCUUAGCAGCUCUGGGCGGUGCGUCCAAUUUGGACUCCGACGAUGCUCCCAAGAGCACAGGCGUUCGAGGAAUUGCUGCACGCCAGAUGCUUGUGGACUCCUUUCGCAAAAGCCCUCAGAGAGUGGAGCAGAUCUUCAAGGAGAGGCUGGCCACUGCUCGGAGGAAGGGCGAUGUGAAAGAGCUGGAAGCCAGGGACCUUUGGUACCAUUUCCAAGACCAGGUACCUCUGGGCAGCCAUCGAACUUUGACGCACAUGGCGUUUAUGGCUGCAGCCAUGUACGAAGCCAUGGAGCGAAACGACAAUGCCCGGCUUCGGAUGUUGGUCUGCAUGCAGGCCAUAUUCGCAGAGCAGGCCAGCUACGAUGCAGGGGGAUUGCGAAUGGCCCACCUGAUCACAGGCCUGGAAGACCCUCCUUUUGCCAUGACAGCGAUCCACAGAGUGCCAAGCAGCCUCUAUGCUCAUGGGCAACUCAGCGACCCACGUUGGGUGGCUACAAAUUUGGCCUACCUGCGGGACCUCGAGGGCAUUACGGACAAAAGCAACAAGUACGUCCGUCCAGGGAACAACAAGCCAGCAGAUCCAGAGGCCGGAGACGAUCCACCAAAGAAGCCAAGGCCACCAUUCAAGCCAAAGCGACCCAAGAAAACCUCAGAAAGCCCAGGCGAAGGCGGCAAAUGA